CAGAGAGGAGUGGAGCAGAGCACAGUGUGUGAGCAAGCGAGCGCGCGAGGCAAGGCGAGGCUGGUGUGAGAGUGAGUGUGUGUACGGACAGACUGUGUGUGAGUGUGUGUGUGUGUGUGUGUGUGUGUGGAGUUCACUGGAGUGUGGGCGACUACGGACCAGGAGCUGAGCAGAGUGGAGCACAGUGUGUGAGUGACCGAGGCAAGGCGAGGCCAGUGUGGGAACGAACAGACAGACAGACAGAGAGUGUGUGUGUGUGUGUGUGUGUGUGUGUAUCGCUGUGGACUAUGCCCUCCGGAGAGGAGGGAGCGGGGGAGAGGAGCUGAUCUGAGGGGGAACUUUCCGGAGCUGAACGGAGCGGAGCUGAGGCACGUAGAGGAGCGGAGAGGAGAGGAGCGGACGGAGCCCAGUCAGACGGAGCGGAGUGCAGCCAGCCGUCACACACGGACGGACCCCACUGAGUCUCUGGGCGCUGAGACUCACGGCACCACAGGACAUUGCUGAAGAUGCAAACGUCAACUGUGCAGCCCGUGACCAACUUCACAACAGUCAUCUCCAACACCACGACCACCACCAAGUCCAGGGAGCAGAUACUCACUCAGAGUUCGGGUGCUAUGAUAGCUAUCAUCGUGGUGGGGAUCAUCAUCAUUCUCACCAUCUUACUCAUCAUCCUAAAGACCUAUAACAGGCGAACACAUGCGUCCAGGAUGCUGGCUGGCGUCGGAGGCUCCAAACCUCGCAAGAAGUCCUCGGCCACGACGCAGAACAUGCGCAUGAGCACGUUGGCGCCCAGCUCAGUCUCUGGGAGCUUCAUCCAACCGUCCAUGCCCUCGCCAUCCGAGAACGGCUUCCGUCUCCCCAGGGUAGACCUGGCCAACAUCGACACCAACAGCGCAGAGUACAGCACGACCAGCGGCUCCACGGUGGUCACCGUGCACGAUGCCCCGUCCAUAGAGAACACGUAGAGCAUGUGCUGUUCCAUAUUGUGCUGUUGUUGUCGUCAUCGUCGUCGUCGUCGUCACUGCGAGAGCCUCAUAGAACAGUCUAAUGGAUCGGAACGGAUCGGCGUGUCAUUGUCACACCACAAGGAUUACUAAUAAAGUGUCACCGCUAUGAACAACAGAGCGCCGUGCUGGCCGAGUCACCCUGCCGCAGUAGGCCCACUGGUGGUGUCUAGCACAGCACAAGCCUUUACUCCCUGCUGAUUAGAGGGCAGCACCCCGAGGGGCGUAGGUGCCGGAAAGGGGGAUGCAGUGGUGCAUUUGCAUCCCCUCUUUUGGGCUCCCUAAAUGAGACUUUCUCAACUUUUAUGGCAGAUAAAUGAGUGGAAUGCUGCAGCAGUAACAUUGUUAAGAAAUAAAGAAUGAAGGAAAAAAAAAAUGCAACACCACUUUAAAACUCGUUCCGGCGUCCCUGCCAAGGGAUCAGUAGGACACUGGACAAAGGUCCCGAGCUGGACCUGGCACUGGCAGAAAGCUUGAGAGACCACCAGGCAUGGAUCGCCUAUAGGCCUAGCUGCAACCUGCAAACUCUAGUCUGCGCCCUUCCAAGACUGCAUCGCUCACCAUGACUAUUCUACCUACAGUACAGUAGACCCCCGACAUACAGACGAUACAUCUUCUGUAAAAGACACCAUAGGGCCGAGGUGUAACUUAGUCUGAAUAGGUGGGUCUAGGGAGACCUACCUGGCCUACCUAACAACCUGGUUUUUAAAAGCAGCCUCGUCAAAAUGUUUAUAUUAAUUUAACAGAUACAUUUGCACUGUUGUUCUUGUGAUUGUUGUGACGUCUUUCAUUAAACUUAAUUGAAUGUGAAUCUUUCCUAGGUUAUGAUAUAAAGCUAAAAGUAUGAAAAAAAAGAUUUAUUUUUGUAUGUGAUUUUAUUUAUUAUUCUGAUUCCACUGUCAGGAAGCUGUGUUAUUAAAAUAGGCUAAAGGCUGUGCUUAAAUAUAUUACCAAAGAGCUUACAGAGUAUAGAAUCAUGUCAUAGUUUAGAACUCUAUGGUUUAAGUCCAGAAGAGAGUCUUCUUUAUUUUCAUAUGUUCAUUCCCAGGGACCAAAUUAUAAUUGUAGCCUAUUUAUAAAUUCAUUGCCUGAGCAUCAUUCCAAAAUAUGAUAAUUAAAAGAGGACUUCUACCUUAAUUUGUUUAUUUGUAAUACUGCCACAUUUAUGUCUCUUACUACUCACAUCUGUCACUGAUCAAAGUUUCAUUUUUUUGUUAACCAUCAAGACAAUGUUCCUGGAUUUGUUUAUAAUGUGAAUGCAAGGUUCUCCCGGAUGCCUAAAUAAAUGCAUAUCUUCAGUUUCUGAACAGUGAAUAUUCCUUUUAUGCACAACUUACUUUUAUCCAAUUUUUGUGCAGUGAGAGCUUUUUGUGAAAGCCAGUUAACUGUGAUGAGGAAAUAUUGGACUUAUGUUUAAAGGUAGGCCUACACUGUGCAGUAAAUGGUCAAAAAAGGUACUGCAACUAUGCUGCUCAUUGAAACUGUGCCGCCUACUGCCAAAUUUGACCUGUUCAUGAAAGUUUACUGAGUAAUAAACUAAUAUUUUCCAGUUUGGCCCAAGUACAGUGAUUUUUGCAGCUUAAAUUGGCUAUUUCUGUAAAUUCAAAAUGGCGGACCAUGGAGAAGAUCCCCCUUUUCAUGUAUGGAAAGUGCAAUUUUUCCAGUCAUAAUGAAUACUUAUAAUUUGAUGGUGGUGGUAAACAUUCAGGAAAAAGGUAACAUUAGUGAAUGGGCAGCAUGAAUUCUGGAAAUAAACAACUAAAAAUCUCACACAAUGUCCCUUUAAAGAUAUGGAAAAAGAUGUAACAAAUUCAAUUCCAGUUCAAAGACUUCUUUCCCCAAGCUCUGUAUGCUUCUUUAAAAACGUCUGAUGGUUUUUUCUCCCAAUACAAAACCACAGACAAAUGUGUUGAAUCUCAAGAGAAAUUACAUUUAUUCACGAUCUGCCGACAGAAAAAUAAACAAAAAAAAUAUCUGCAUAACAAAAAAAUAUGACAGCAGCGCUUCAUAUAAAAUAUUUUUCUGUAUGAAAAAAUAAUUACCUGAACACAGUCCUACUGUCAACUUUUCCAUUCUUUCAUUAGUGCAAGGAGUAAAUUCUCAAUAGGCACGGGACAAACCUGCGGUCUCUGCUCUGGCACUUUGCCCAUCUCCGCUCCCUUUCAACUUGAAUUCAAUAGUCAUAUAGGACUACAGUUCCGAUCUGAAACGCCAGAGGGCGGCAGACAGGAAGUCACUUACUCAGUUUUAAAGCAAAGUGAUUUGACAAACUGGUUCAUUUUUUUCUAUUAGUUAUGUAAGCAAGGGCGUGACCAUUGCCUUAAAACGCACAGAGCUUUGGAUCCCAUUUACUGCUGCUAUGUCUGGCGGAACAAACAUCCGCAUGUCAAAGACUUAGGGCGCCCCCUUUGGCUGGGAAUAAAAACUGCAUUUCAUUAAGACGAG